AUGUCGACCCCUGCCACCCAGAUUAUCUAUCUGACCGUCGAUCCGGACAAAGAUCUUAAAGACACCGCUACAGAAGCAGGAAAAUCAUGGUCGCGGGCUUUGGAUCUAUUGCAACAACACAUCGGCUUUCAGACGUUGUAUUGGGGUCGAUCGCCUGAGGAUUGGUCCAAGGUCCAGUUGCAUGUUGUCCGCGCCCAUCUAUCACAACACUAUGACUUUGUCAAUUCGUCAAGAUAUCCAGAGUUCCUAGCCGCUCUACCCACAACUCCAGUCAGCACGCCAUCCAACCCGCCCCUGACCCGCCACACCCAGCUCCAAGCAUUUACACCGUCAGCUCUUACUCGAGCCUUGUCUCCUUCAACCCCUGUCACAGGCAGCGCUAUUUACAUCUCUACCACCCCGACAUGGCACGAAGGAGCUUGGCCACUGUGGACCCACGUUGUGCGCUAUGUCGACGGAUGUCUUGGAUGUGUCGGUGGCAAAGUGCUCGAGAAGGUGGACGGAUUCGACAAUUGUUACAUUGUCUACGUCGGCUGGGAAUCGAUCGAGAAACACGAACGAUAUCACCACACCAAGCAUUUUGAGCAGAGGAGAGUGAUCCUGGGCUUGGGCAAUGCUGGCUACAGAGAGUACGGCCAUAUUAAGUUUGAGGGUCAGAGGGGGGAGAUGGCAGAUGACGCUGGGCAUCGAGCUUUGGAGAGGCUGUGA